AUGUCCCUUCCAUCGUCCUCCGUUGAGGAUGACGGUGAUGGUCAGAAUGAUAAAUGCGUCUCCAUUGACAAACUGGUCGCGCAAUAUUUUCAGCAGGUCGAACCCCACCUGCUAGAAUUCCCCGAUGGCAGGACUAUGAUCAAAUCUGCCACUCAGUCAGCCCUCUACGAACGAAUGUUCAACGAGGCGGUUCUGUGGCCGAUUCCCCCCUUGAACUACCGGGCCCGUGUUCUAAAGAUUAUUUUGUCUAUACUGGAAGAGUCCAUUUCAGACCCUGAGGAGGAUGAGAUCUCAGAUGAUCUCAUGGAAUGCUGGAGCACGCUCGUGACCCAACCAAAGCCAUCAGCUCUCCAACAAGCCCAGCAACUGGCCUAUGUCAAAUACACAGCCCCAGUCCCAGCUUCAGAUGCAGAUAAUGCAGACGGAGCCCCGUCAGAAGAACACAGGAGCAACCGCACAAUCAUCACCUCCGAAUCACGCGGUCUGAUCCUCUCCGCAGGGACAACAGGCUUCCGCACCUGGGAAGCAGCCCUGCAUCUCGGCUCGUUCCUCUCCACGCCCGCCGGGCAGGCCCUCGUGCGCGGGAACCGGGUCAUCGAGCUCGGCGCCGGCACGGGCUUUCUAUCCAUGUUCUGCGCGAAACAUCUCGGCGUGCAGAGCGUCGUCGCCACGGACCGCGAGCCGGCCCUCAUCGAAAAUAUCCGCGAUUGUAUGCGGCGGAAUGAGCUCGACCCUGCUGUCUUUCAGCCUGCCAUUUGGGAGUGGGGGACACCCUUGUCUUUGACUCCGUCCGAGCCGGAGGAGGGCGAGGGCAAGGGCGAGGGCGACGCUGCACAGACUGCCGCAGUGUCAGGCAAGGGUGAUCUGGCCUUUGACGUUGCACUCGGUGCUGACCUGAUCUACGACGUCGACCUUGUCCCCCUCCUCCUAUCCACCCUCCGCGACCUCUUCGAAAACUACCACCUCCGGGAAUUCAUCAUCUCCGCGACACUCCGGAACCAGGAUACCUUCCAGACGUUCCUAAAUGCCUGUGAAACGAACGAUUUCCAGGUGGAAUGCAUGCCGUAUCAGUCUCCCUCUGCGGAGACGCAAACUGGUUUCUUCCAUUCGACUAGCAUUCCCAUCCGUACGUAUCGGAUAUCGAGGCGUGUGGUAUGA